AUGAAUUUUACAGACGUCUCUCAUUGUUUUCCAGAAUCUGUGCAGGAGACGUCCAAGCCUCUUGGUGUUGGGAGUGAACAGUGGAAGCAGGAGGAGACAGAGAGCGACGAUGUGAAAGCAGUGGCGUUAAAGGGAAAACACAUUUCAAAAGACUUAGAAAUCAUCCCUACCAAACACAAAACAUCUGUGUACGGCUCCAACGGCUGGCCUCAGAACUUCUCACAAGCGCCUGAUCAGUAUUUGUACCGCAACCCUCCAAAAGCGAAAUCUCCAGCAAAAACACCUCCCAAGGCCAAGAAAAUCCUGGGCUGGGGAGACUUCUACUUCAAUGUAAAAACAGUGAAAUUCAGCCUCCUGGUUACAGGAAAGAUUGUAGACCACAUCAAUGGCACGUUCAGUGUCUACUUCCGUCAUAAUUCCUCUAGCCUGGGGAACAUAUCAGUGAGCAUCGUCCCGCCCUCUAAAGCUGUAGGAUGGGAACUUCUGGAUGGUGCACCCCUGAACAGCCACAGCAAAAGCUCUGUUCCGUUUCCAGAAAUGACAACCCAGUUCCCAAACCAGUCUCAGUCCACCAGGUCAACUCCCACUGAGGAGCAGAAACUUCAGCAGGACAUGAUGACGGUGACCGAGCUCAACUGCCGUGUGGAGUACCAGAGGACCAACCGGUCCAAGAAGACCAAGCCCUGCAUGUAUGACCCAGGACAGACCUGCUACUCGGAGAACACCCAGUCGCAAGCAGCCUGGAUCUGUGCCAAACCGUUCAAAGUUAUAUGCAUCUUCAUCGCCUUCAAGGGCACGGACUACAGGCUGGUGCAGAAAGUUUGUCCGGAUCACAACUUUUAG